AAAAGACAGAUGAUUUGAACAGAAAGACGAUGAAGCAGACAGAGAGGAAGUGAAAGAAAAAGAAGCAACCCUACAGAUAGGAACUUGUUGAGCAGGAAAGUGAGGAAAAGAAUGGUUUGAGGUGUGAUGUGAUGUUUUGUAUUGUUCGAAGUUGGAAGCCAUUAGCCACACCUGAUGAGCAAAGUAAGAUUUGGAAGUGGUGGCCAAAAAUGGAGUAGUCCAAGCAUGAAAACAUUGAAUUGCAUUAACUUUAUCAUUUAUUAGCUUCACCAACACUUUGCCCAUACGUAUACAAGGAGCAGUUUUGUGUCAUUUAAUGCACCGUCUCUCCCCCACCCUCUUGUCUGCAACAACAACAAUACCCUGCAACUACCCUCAGCAAUCUAUCUACAUCUCCUUCACUUCCCAUCUCCAACACCCCAUGCUCCAAAAUGCAUUGCAAAAACGCUUUUCACAAUGUGGGCUGGCCACCUCAUUCAAACACCUUGUUUAUGCAGUGAUUUAAGAGUUUCUUUCGUGAUGAAAACAGUUGGAUUUGUAGCAGCCUUUUAUACAAUCUUUUAUCUUUCUCACCUAGCCAACAAGAAGCAUGGGAUUUUCUUUCCUAUGCAUUGGAAAUGGCAGAACAGUUUCUUUCCUAUCUAUUUGCCUUGGCUUAAAUGAAAAAGAUUCUCAAUUUGCUUGCUGUUUUCCACCUUCACUACUCCUUUUUCUUGCAUUGCUAGUUAUUCAUAGAGUCUGUACGAAAUCGUGAGGUAAUGGUGUUAUCAUGGGGUUUUAGUUCUUAACAAGAUGAGGUUUGCAAGAUUUGUUUUUCCCUCUAGACUGCAUUAGCCUUACCGAAUAGUUUUCUCUCUGGGAAGUGAAUGGAAGCAAAGCUAUAUACUUUGAUCAAACAAUUUUGUUAUUAAGCAUUCUACGUUCUACAUUUUUAUCUGGGUAAUGUUUUGGUUUCUUUGUAUUAUGGGGUUCUCGCUAAAACGACAGUUGUUGAACGGGAAUCCAUGUUCAUUUAGGCUUCUGUUUGAGCUGGUGGUUUUAUCGUACUUGUGGUUACAAGUCACAAGCCUUGGUUCCAUGUCAUCCAUUGCAAUCUCGUACGGCGAAAAGGGUUCUGUGUUUUGUGGUUUGAAAUCUGAUGGCUCUCACACAGUGACAUGUUAUGGAGGAAAUUCAGCCAUAAUCUAUGGAACACCAGCCCGGUUUUCAUUUGUUGGUCUAACAGCUGGAGACGGCUUUGUCUGUGGGCUUCUGAUGGGUUCCAAUCAACCGUACUGCUGGGGUAGCAGUGCCUACAUUGAAAUGGGAGUGCCUCAACCUAUUAUCGGAGGAGCACAGUACCUAGAAAUCAGUGCUGGUGAUUACCAUGUUUGUGGCUUGAGGAAACCUUUGACUGGAAAACACAGGUACAUUUCCUUGGUUGAUUGCUGGGGCUACAACAUGACCAAAAACUAUGUUUUUGGGGGACACAUUGAAUCAAUCACAGCUGGUUCCGAAUUCAAUUGUGGUCUUUUUUCUCAGAACAGGACUGUGUUCUGCUGGGGUGAUGAGACUAAUAGCCUGGUGAUUAGUUUGAUUCCACAAGACAAGAGAUUCCAGAAAAUUUCAGCCGGUGGGUAUCAUGUGUGUGGAAUCUUAGAGGGAGUGAAUUCCAGGACUGUUUGUUGGGGGAGAAGCUUGAACCUUGGGGAAGAAAUUUCAGUGGCACAUGCAGGUCAAGGAAACGUUGAUUUGGCUCCAAAUGAUCCCAUGCUUUCUGUAGUGGGAGGGAAGUUCCAUGCAUGUGGGAUUAAGAGCUAUGAUCGUGGAGUGAUUUGUUGGGGCUUUAUCAUCAAACGAAGCACUCCAUCUCCUAGAGGGAUUAAGGUUUUUGAAGUUGCAGCUGGUGAUUACUUUACUUGUGCAGUUCUUGCUGACAAAUAUCUUAUGCCUUCAUGUUGGGGAGUUGAUUUUCCCACCUCACUUCCUUUAGCUGUUUCACCAGGAAUGUGUCAACCUGCUCCAUGCCCUCCUGGUUCCUAUGCCAUUAAUCAGCAUAAAGGUCUCUGCAAAUCACCAGAUUCUCGUGUUUGCAUGAGGUGCAGCGGUGCUUGUCCUCCUGAAAUGUAUCAGAAGAGUGCAUGCAAUUUGGCUUCUGAUAGACUAUGUGAAUAUAACUGUGCAUCUUGUUCUUCAUCCCAAUGCUUCACGAACUGCUCCUCUUCAUAUUCCAAUGCUUCCACUGAGAAGAAAACUGAAAAAUUCUGGGCUUUACAGUUGCCAGUUGUCAUUGCCGAGAUUGCUUUUGCGGUUUUCAUAGUCAGUGUGGUGUCAUUAACUGCAAUUUUAUACGUCCGCUACAGGCUAAGAGAUUGCGAGUGUUCAAAAGGAUCAAAGGGGAAGAAACUGAACGGGAGUUCUUCCCUGCAAAACGAGAAUAAGGUGAGGCCAGACAUUGAGGAGUUGAAGAUCAGAAGGGCUCAAAUGUUCACCUAUGAGGAACUAGAAAGUGCAACUUGUGGAUUCAAGGAAGAGUCCAUAGUGGGGAAGGGGAGUUUCUCGUGUGUGUUCAAGGGAGUGUUGAAAGAUGGGACAGUUGUUGCUGUGAAAAGGGCAAUAGUGUCUCCCAACAUGCAGAAGAAUUCCAAGGAGUUUCACACAGAACUUGACUUGCUCUCAAGGUUGAACCACGCUCAUUUGCUCAACCUACUAGGCUAUUGUGAAGAAGGUGGAGAGAGACUUCUUGUGUAUGAGUUCAUGGCUCAUGGCUCCUUGCACCAACACUUGCAUGGGACAAACCAAGUGUUGAGAGAACAGUUAAAUUGGAUAAGAAGAGUGACUAUUGCAGUGCAAGCAGCACGUGGAAUUGAAUAUUUGCAUGGCUAUGCUUGCCCUCCUGUGAUUCACAGAGACAUAAAGUCCUCAAACAUUCUCAUUGAUGAAGAACACAAUGCAAGAGUGGCUGACUUUGGUUUAUCAUUGUUAGGUCCUGCAGAUAGUGGUUCACCACUGGCUGAACUCCCAGCUGGGACUUUUGGCUAUCUUGAUCCUGAAUACUACAGGCUUCAUUACCUCACAACCAAAUCAGAUGUGUAUAGUUUUGGUGUUCUUCUUUUGGAGAUUCUGAGUGGUAGAAAAGCCAUUGACAUGCAAUAUGAAGAAGGGAACAUAGUGGAAUGGGCAGUACCUCUUAUAAAAUCAGGAGAUAUAACUGAAAUUUUGGACCCAGUUUUGAAACCCCCUCCUGAUGUAGAAGCCUUGAAGAGAAUAGCCAAUGUGGCUUGUAAGUGUGUGAGGAUGAGAGGGAAAGAGAGACCCUCAAUGGACAAAGUAACAACAGCUUUGGAGAGAGGUCUUGCACAGUUAAUGGGUAGUCCAUGCAUUGAGCAGCCUAUUUUGCCAACUGAGGUGGUUUUGGGAAGCAACAGAUUGCACAAGAAAUCAUCUCAAAUAUCCUCAAACAGGUCAAUUUCUGAGACUGAUGAGGACCAAAGGAUUGAGUUCAGGGCACCCUCAUGGAUUACCUUUCCCAGUGUGACAUCUUCUCAAAGGAGAAAAUCAUCAGUGUCUGAGGUAGAUGUUGAUGGGAAGAACAAUGCAGAAGGUAAGAACUUGAGCAAUGUUGGAGGUGCUGCUGAUGUUUUGAGAAGCCUUGAUGAAGAGAUUGGUCCUGCUUCUCCUGGAGAGAGGCUGUUCUUGCAACACAACUUCUAACCAUGUGAUGUGUGUCACAACUUUAGACUUCUACUACAACUACUCAUGUAGUGCUGUUUCAUGUAACUUUCUUUCUUCACUCUCAUCAUUGUUGCACUCUAACUAUUAUUAUUUAAACCAUUAAGGCGUUUUUACUUCUCACAAAAUCACUCUUCUUUUGCCAUGGUUGUAAGAUACUACAAGUUUCUGUUGAUAGAAGCAAAAUUAAAAAGUUUAAAAAACGCAAAAUAAA